CUGGUGUGGACAUGUCCGCCAUGUUUUCCACGGAGAAACGGCCCCAACGUCCCGUUAAACCCGUACACUGAUGAGUCCUUCCGCCGGUUACCGGAGCAGCGGACACCGAUGAGCUCUACUGCGGUGGACAAAGUCGCGUCCGGGGCGGAUUCACGCCGGUAUUGGUGCAGUUGUGUGGCGGAUUGUCGCUAAUUUGGCGCAAACAAUGAGUAAACUCUCGUUCCGGGCGCGAGCGCUAGACGCCGCCAAACCGCUCCCGGUUUACCACAACAGGGACCUGCCGGACCUGACCGACUGCGUGUCCAUUAACCGGGCCGUCCCGCAGAUGCCGACCGGGAUGGAGAAAGAGGAAGAGCUGGAGCACCAUCUGCAGAGGGCCAUCUCAGCCCAGCAGGUGUUCAGGGAGAAGAAGGAGAACAUGGUGAUCCCUGUACCUGAAGCAGAGAGUAACACCACCUACUAUGACCGUUUGUACAAAGGAGAGGUCAAAGCUCCGAAACAGCUCAUCCACAUACAGCCUCUGGGUCUGGACCUGGAGCAGCCAGACUACGACAUGGACUCCGAGGAUGAGACACUGCUCAACAGACUGAACAGAAAGAUGGAGAUCAAACCUCUGCAGUUUGAGACCAUGGUGGAUCGACUGGAGAAGGCCAGCACACACCAGCUGGUGUCUCUGUCAGAGGCGAAGCUGCUGCUGAACGAGGAUGACUACUUGCUGAAGUCAGUGUAUGAUUACUGGGUGAGGAAGAGGAAGAACUGUCGAGGUCCGUCACUGAUUCCUCACAUCAAACAGGAGAAAAGAGACGGAUCCACUAACAACGACGCCUACGUGGCCUUCAGACGGAGAACCGAGAAGAUGCAGACCAGAAAGAACCGUAAGAACGACGAGGCGUCAUACGAGAAGAUGCUGAGACUGAGGCGGGAGUUCAGUCGGACUGUCACCAUCCUGGAGAUGAUCAAGAGGAGAGAAAAGUCCAAGAGGGAACUGCUGCAUCUCACCCUGGAGGUGGUGGAAAGGAGGUAUCAGAUGGGAGAUUUCAGUGGAGAUACUCUCAGAGAGGUAUCACUCCCUCUAGUGGAGAAACCAGUGUACAGCACUCCAGUUACUCUGAUCAACGGCAGCAGACCCAAAACAGACAUCAAGAUCAAGAUGCAGAAGAAGCAGGUCUCUGUCAGAGAUGAGCUUCCCUUUGACCUGAUCAGACCAAAGAAGAAGAACAUCCGACGGGACAGAUUGUAUCCUCCACAGCGACGUCCCGGUCGACCCCCCGGGCCCUUCACCGUCAACAAGGCCGACAUUAAACAGUACGACUUCCACAGCUCUGGAGAAGAGGACAGUCCACCGCCACCGCUGUCUCCUCCAUCUUCACCUGACGAGGAGAAUAAUGCUGAUGGAGUUUUUGUCUUCAGGAGGAAAGCUGGAUGUCAAUAUCUCUCUCCUUGCACGGAGCAGAUUAGUGGAGAUGAUCAACCAGAUCUCCUCCCUCAGUGUCUCCGGCACUGUCUGACCGAACUGACUCGGCCUCCUCGUUGGACGGGCCUGAGCCGCCGCAGGAUAGGACGAGGAGGCAGGAUAAUCCUGGACCGAGCCUCCUCACAUCUUGAUCCAGUACUGAGGGAGAUGGACUCUUCAAUGCAAUCAGUCUGCGGGACCAGGACCAGUGCCUGCCCCCUCAAUGACCCAGUAACACUGGAGCACGACCCUUCCCUGACCUCGAGAACCACGACCCCCAGCCUGACUAAAAUCCUGAACAACAUCCAGACCCUGAGGAGGUUCUUCUACAGACCCAAACCGCUUCAGGAUCAGAGGGAGGGGGGCAGAGGGACCGCAUGGUCCUCUGUGGAGGACAACAGGCUCACCUCUUGUCUGUCACCUGACAGCACCACUGGUUCAGCAGGAGGCAUCACAGAGGAGCAGUACCACAACCAUCAGCAGCAGCUGGUCCAGAUGCAGAAAGAACAGCUGGAGCAGCUGCAGCUCCAGAACAACACUGUUGUAUACGGACACACAGCACUGCACCAAACACAGUCCACCAGGUUCAGUGAGUCCAGUUCGAAAACUCUGGAUUCAGCUAGCGCUCAGUUUGCAGCCUCCGCUGUGGUCAGCGCUCCUCCUCCACCUCACGGUCACAUCAACAGUGAGAAUAAACCCUACAAGACCAGCGUCAAUGGAGUCCACCACCCUUCAGGUCCCUCCAGGCCUCCAUACUCUUCCUCCUCAUCUCUCAGCUGGUCUGGGCUUUCAACAAGGGGGUCACUCCCCCCCUCCUCCUCCUCAUCAUCUUCCCCUCAGUCCCUCCCCAACCAGAGGAGCCAGGUGGGCGCCGUAUCCCCCGCCCAACCCCACACUGCUCGACCCUCAGCCCCCCCAACGUCUGCCUUAAAGCUCGCCUCCGUCGCCGCCAGCCUCGACCGAGUGCCCAAAGUCUCAACCGCCAGAGACUCUCACGAGCCGGAGAGACUGCUGAACGGACUGUCAGAGACCACGCUGCCCAUGGAGGUCACAUAACAUCACAUGCCAUCAAGCCCUGCUCCUCCUCCCCACCCCCUCCUCUUCCCAUCACUCCCUGCUCCUCCUCACCACCCCCUCCAUUUCCCAUCACUCCCUGCUCCUCCUCACCACCCCCUCCUCUUC